UAUCCUUCUGCUCUUCUCACUGAUACUUCGACUCAACAGCAUCCACGCCCCUCCUACCCUAUCCAUCUCAUCCCUCCCCAUCCUCCCAUCCAUCCUCGACAUCUUGACGACCAUGCUGAUGAGAGUCGAGGACCUCCCUCACACCCUGCGCAGCUUUCCUCGCAGCGACUACACGAUCGCCCGGCACCGCAAAACGCGCCACCCCGGGAAAAACACAGACGCGGCCAUUGCAGCCGGUGCUCGCCGCGCAACACGCGCUUGGGUCGCUGCCGCUCGCACUGGACGCUGGGGCAAUGUUGACUCGCGCUGCAUCGUCCUCGUCAUACUGGACAAGGUUAUCGAGAUAAAUGCCUCCGCUCGAUCCUACUCCUGUUCAUGGCGGCGCAACCAUCCCAACCCCGCCGCCUGGCGCCAGACCGUCCUCGAGUAUAUCCGCAUCGCCUACGAGCUGGCGAGCGCGGUGCGGAGUCUUCCAUCCUUUCAGCUUGUAUGCACGCCAGUCGCGCAGGCGAUGGAAUGGUUCUGGAGGACCAAGGACUCAGCGGUGCGCCUCUCCGCCAGCAGCCUUCCUCACAUCGAUCUUCCGCAACUCCUCGGGCAGUUCUAUUUCCCACUGGGUAGCCGAGUGCAGUUGGCGCUUCGUGACACCUCCCAUGACUCGUCGAUCGAUGCCAUUGUCGGAUCUCUGACGCGCCUGGAAGCCCCGUCAUAUUCGAUUUAGCGUUCCAACUCGCCCACCGAUCAAUUGGUCCUCAUUCAUUGUGAAUGCUUUGCAUCCGACCGUGCGACGGAGUCUCAUGCCAGCUUUGAAAUGCCUACGCACACGUCACGAGCUGAGUGUGAGGUUGAACAGUCACAGCGAUUGAGCUAGCUGUCGAGAUGAAUUGUUGUUUUUGUGUGA